CGCUCAGUCCGUGACGAUCGGACGGCGCAAUAAACUCGAGGACCCGUCGCCUGUCAGCCUCUCGGAACCACUUCGCUGGUUAACGUUGGCCAUGAGCCUGGACAAUUUAUUCGAGGAGAUCCUCGUGACCGAACAGAAGGCUUUGCAAAAAAGACAGUUUCUUCAGAGCGGUAAAGGAUCUUUCAGAAGAAUAUUUCCAUUUGGAUCGGCUGAAGAAGCAGGAAGAGGGCCUGAAGAAACAACGGGAGGAGAUGGUUAAAGAGAAUAAUAUCUACUUAGAAAAUCUAGAGGAGAAGAAAAGAAAAAACACAGAGGAAAGGAAAACAUUUGUUAAAGAAAUAUCAGAAUUCAAUGCUGCAUAUGACCUAUUGAGCAACAGAAUAAUAACAAUUGAAGUAAAUGCCAAGUCAGAAAUAUUUGACUUAGAAACAGAAGCUAAAUAUCUGCAGAAUGAUAUGAAAAACAUGGAACAGAAAAAUAUUCAGCUAAAUGUUCUCCAACAACAGAAAAAUGAUUUAAAAGGAGAACUUCUGCAACUUCAGAACAAAUUACACGGUCUUGAAGAUGAGAUUACUAGAGUAGCUUUUAACACAAAGCUUUUGGAAGCAGAAAGAUUAAAAAUAUGCCAAAAACCACAGACAGACGAUGAGUUUUUACGGUUAAAGAAAGAAUUGGAAUUACACAAAGGUGAUGAUUUGGAGAAUCUGUAUGAGACCCUCCGGACAGAGAUACAGUUCCUGCAGAUGAAGCUAUCACAGGACAACCAUCCACAGAAUAACAAGUCCCAAACUUAACCGUGGUGUGCAUCUGAAUCUGAUUUAUCAAAUGUAACAAAAGCACAUUGGAAAGAGACAACACCAAUAAUUUGAGACAUAAAAUAUGGAUAUUGUGCACAAAAGUGAACUUAAAGUGCUGUUAGUUUAUUUUCCAUUCACAGUAGUUAUAAAUGAAUAAUUAAACAAUCAAUUUAUUUAAUUUACUGCUCAAAUCACAUUCUUUGCUGCAGUGAGAGAAAAAAAGUUUGUUUAACGUGAAAUAAAUGCUGUUGUAUUCAUUU